AUGUCCACUGAUUUCUACAUUCGGUACUAUGUGGGCCAUAAAGGCAAGUUUGGUCACGAAUUUCUUGAAUUUGAGUUUAGACCUGAUGGUAAACUUAGAUAUGCCAACAAUUCAAACUACAAAAACGAUACUAUGAUUCGAAAGGAAGCUUAUGUUCAUCCUUGUGUAAUGGAAGAGUUAAAGAGGAUUAUAGUUGAUUCAGAGAUUAUGCACGAAGAUGACAGAGCAUGGCCGCAGCCGGAUCGUGUCGGACGACAGGAACUAGAAAUAGUUAUUGGAGAGGAACAUAUAUCAUUUACAACUUCUAAGACUGGCUCCUUGGUAGAUGUUAAUCAGUCACGAGACCCCGAAGGAUUGAGAUGUUUUUAUUAUUUAGUUCAAGAUCUUAAAUGCUUAGUAUUCUCACUGAUUGGUUUACAUUUUAAAAUUAAACCAAUAUAA